AUGUCAGAACGUAAGGCUGUCAUUAAAAAUGCUGAUAUGGAAAGAACUGUACAAGAUGAUGCAGUCUAUGUAGCAUCAGCUGCAAUGGAUAAAUAUGAUAUUGAAAAAGAUGUUGCUGCUUAUAUUAAAAAAGAAUUUGAUCGUAAAUACACACCGAAUUGGCAUUGUAUAGUUGGAAAACAUUUUGGAAGCUACCAAACACUAUACAACCUUUUAGAAAAUAUGAUUGAACAUAAAGCUGUGAUUAAGAAUACUAAUAUGUCUACUAAAAUGCAAGAGGAUGCAAUAGAUGUAACAAGUGAUGCACUGGAUAAAUAUGAAUUGGAAAUGCAUAUAGCAGAAUAUGUCAAGAAAGAAUUUGAUAUAAAAUAUAAUCCUGUAUGGCACUGCAUAGUCGGACGAAAUUUUGGAAGGUUAGCUGUUAAAAAUUUUAAUUUUCUAUCUGACAAUAAUUAUUAUUGUAUAGUAUAA